AUGGCCAAAAAUAUAAUUUGCGCUACCGGCUUGCUCAGUCAGCAGAUGACGCAGAUGCACGAAUCCCUCAUGGAUACCAAUAUUCACAUCACCGAGCCAUUGGUUACACAUAUUUGGGUACUGUCACAAAUCAUUUAUGGAAGACCUAGCUGCAGCACCAACGCUUCUACUACCACCGCUCUCGCAGGAAACCACUACGCGAUAGAUACCUACCCCCAUAAUUUCGCGCUAUAA